UCUUUCUCUCCUUCCUUAGGGCGAAGCGGCCGGUGGAAGCGGAGGAGAGAAGCGACCAAGGGGUUCGCGGGGCUGCAACCGAAGUCCAGCCGAGCGCGUCGGGCGAAAGUUGCCUUGUUUAAUAAGCUGCGGCGGGGGGCAGUUUGCCUUUGGCGUUUGCUUCUCCAGGGGCGCUUUGGGUUUCUUUUGGGGAAUUCGGGGUGGGGUGGGGGGAAGUCUUUAGAAAAAGAGCGAAGCCGCAGCUAAACCGCCACGGAGCGGACCUGAGGAUCGACCGUCACACCAAAGUCUCUGCCUCCUCCUCCUUCUCCUCCCCCACCCUCCGGCAGAUAUUAAUUUCCUAACAGCCAAGAGUGUGAGUUCAGCAUGCAGAGAUUUUAAAUAAUUCUAUAUCGUCAUUUUGAACUGGGAGAAAAAAAGAUGGCCCAAGUUUUGGAUAUUGAUAAAGGAUCUGAGGGAGGUAACAAUGAAUUUAGCAACAUCAUUAAAUCCAGAUCUGAUGAGCACAAAGAUGUACAAAAGAAAACCUUUACCAAGUGGAUAAACACUCGCUUUUUGAAGUUUGGAAAACAGCCAAUAAAGGACAUAUUCACAGAUCUUCGAGAUGGGAGGAAACUCUUAGAUCUUUUAGAAGGACUAACAGGGAAUCCACUGUUAAAAGAACGUGGAACGACUAGAGUCCAUGCUUUGAAUAAUGUCAACAAAGUACUUCAGGUUUUACAUCAGAACAAUGUGGAUCUGGUGAACAUAGGAGGGACAGACAUUGUUGAUGGAAAUCACAAAUUGACACUUGGAUUGUUAUGGAGCGUAAUUUUGCACUGGCAGGUUAAAGAUGUGAUGAAAGAUAUAAUGUCAGAAUUACAGCAAACCAAUAGUGAAAAGAUCUUGUUGAGCUGGGUGCGGCAGUCCACAAAGUCAUAUAAUGAAGUUAACGUUUUGAAUUUCACCACCAGCUGGACAAAUGGGCUUGCUUUCAAUGCAUUGAUCCACAGGCAUAGACCUGAACUCUUCAGCUGGGAUAAAGUCACCAAAAUGGCUCAACAUGAAAGAUUAGAACAUGCCUUCAACGUAGCUAAAAAUAACUUGGGAAUAGAAAAAUUGCUAGACCCUGAAGAUGUUGCUGUACAGCUUCCUGAUAAGAAAUCCAUUAUUAUGUAUUUGACAUCUUUAUUUGAGGUCCUUCCUCAGCAAGUUACUUUGGAAGAUAUUCGAGAAGUAGAGACUCUUCCAAGGAAAUAUAAAAAGGAAUGUGAAGAAGAAGAUAUACAGUGUGCAACAUCUGAGGUUGAUCAUGCAGUUCUAAAAUUGGAAGCAUCCAGCACCUUGAAUGAAGUAGAUAUGGACUUGGACAGCUACCAGAUAGCUCUGGAGGAAGUUCUCGCUUGGCUGCUCUCUUCAGAAGAUGACUUCCUAGAGCAGGAAGUCAUAUCUGAUGAUGUUGAGGAAGUCAAGGAACAAUUUACUACACAUGAAGCAUUUAUGAUGGAGCUGACAGCACAUCAGAGCAGUGUGGGUAGUGUGCUUCAGGCUGGUACUCAACUGAUAGCCCAGGGCAAUAUUUCAGAAGAGGAAGAAAAUGAAAUCCAGGAACAAAUGAAGUUGCUAAAUUCUAGAUGGGAGAGUCUCAGAGUGAGCAGUAUGGAUCGCCAAGCCUACCUCCAUGAUGCACUGAUGGAGCUACAGAAGAAUCAAUUGCAGCAGCUGUCGAACUGGUUGACUUUUACAGAAGAACGCAUUCGAAAGAUGGAAUCUCAGCAUUUAGUUGAAGAUUUGGAAACAUUUCAACAACAGAUGGACGAACAUAAAGAGCUCCAAAAAGAUAUUGAAGCAGAGCAGGUUAAAGUCAAUUCGUUGACUCACAUGGUAGUCAUUGUUGAUGAAAAUAGUGGGGAAAGUGCUACGAUUCUGGAGGAUCAAUUGCAAAGACUUGGUGAACGCUGGACUGCGGUUUGCCGUUGGACUGAGGAACAAUGGUUCAAAUUGCAAGAGAUUAAUACCUCCUGGCAAGAAUUGUUGGAAGAACAGUGUAUGUUGAAAGCCUGGUUGGUUGAAAAAGAAGAGGCUUUAAGCAGAAUACAGACAUGCAACUUCAAAGAUCAAACAGAGCUGAGUGCAAAUGUUCGAAAGCUGGCAAGUCUGAAAGAAGACAUGGGAAAGAAGCGCCAGAUGUUGGAGCAGCUGAAUGAGGUGACCCAGGAUUUGGCACAACUCCUGAACAACAAGAAGGCAUUAAAAAAAAUUGACAGUAAUCUUGAAGAACUCACACAGAGAUGGGACAACUUAGUUCAGAAACUUGAGGAUUACUCUAAUCAGGUUUCUGAGGCAAUUGUAAAAGUUGGAAUGCCCCAGAUUUCUCAGAAUGUUCUCACUGAAACAAUCCUGGUCAAGGAACAAAAAACAGUCCAGGAUAUUCAAAUGGAACAAUCUCCCCCACCUCUACCAAAGAGGCGGCAAACUGGCCUGGAUACUGAAAUGAGAAAAAGUAGGCUCGAUGUUGAAAUUGCGGAGUUGUUGGAUGGGAUUUUAAAAUCAAAAGCAGCCAUUCAGGCCAUAGAGAUCAAAGAGUACAAGAAGAUGAGAGAGACUUCAGGCAUGAAAGAAAAACUGAAGGCAAUAAAAGAAGAAAGAGUAGAAGAAGAUAAAAUGUUGAAUGAAUUGAAAGAGACUGGAGAAAAUCUGUUAGACCAAAUGGGAAAAGAAGGGCUUCCUACUGAAGAAACAGGAAAUACCCUUAAGAGGCUCUUGGCAGAAUGGAAAGGGGCUGCUUGCUACUUAGAAGAAGUGGCUAGAAAAAUGCAAUAUCAGGAUGAAAUCAAUAUUUACUUUAGUGAAUUGUGUAAACUCGAUAAGUCUGUGAGCGAAAAAGAAACAUGGCUGCAAGACAAUUCUGCCGUAGUUGAGCAUCAACCAUUAGCAGUGCUGCAGGAAUUGUGCCAGAGGGAACUCACAAACCUCUUAAGUCUGACUCCUCAAAUGGAACAUCUGAAGAUCAAGUGCAGGGAGCUGACAUCUCAUCCUGCUUCUCCAGACUUCAUUGAAGAUAGCUUUUGCUCUUUGAACAGCCGCUUCAGUUCUGCCCAGCAGGAACUAGAACUUAUUCUGCAGAAGCUGAAGAGAGAACUUGAAAGUCAUCCCCCCAAGACUUAUUUGGAUUCUUUGAAAAAAAUUAAGGAUGAGUUGAAUGAAUUAGAAAGCAAAGUGCACUCCAUCAUGAAUUCAGUAAACGACUUGGCUCAGGUUGAAAAAGCCUUGCAGCAGACUAAGAUGGUUUGUGAAACGCUAGAAAAUCAAAAAGGCAUGGUCGAUAAACUUGUUGCAGACACACAAGUAUUGGAGAAGCAUAUUUCUGCUGAAAAAUCAAACCUAUACAAGCAAGAAUUGAAAUGUUUACAAGGAUAUAGGGAUAAAUUAAAACUAAAGAUUUCUAAACAUGUUCACUUAUUGGAAGAAACUGUUUCCAAAUUGAGGACAUAUGAGGCGGAUUCAGAAGUAGUUCAGAGGUGGCUGGAUUCUGUGAAAGAUUUCCUUAUGAAAGACCAAAUCAAGAAAACAGAACCUGAAUGUCUUCAAAGAGAGCUUGAUCAAUGCAUGCUGUUCAUUAUUGAAAUGGAAAAAAUUGAGUUGUCUCUAAUAGAGAUGAAGGAAAUAGAUUCUUCUUUAAGAGGCCAGCCCGUUAAUGCUUGGGUCAAAUCCAAACAGACAGACAUCCAAUCCCAGUGGGACACACUAAGCAAGCAGAUCAUUAGCCAUAAAAAUCAAUUAUCGGACAAUCAAGAAAAAGCUGUCAAUCUCAAAAAGGAUUUGGCAGAAAUGCAAGAAUGGAUGGCUCAGGCUGAAGAGGAAUAUUUGGAGAAAGAUUUUGAAUAUAAGAAUCCAGAUGAGCUAGAGAAUGCAGUGGAAGAAAUGAAGAGAGCAAAGGAAGAUGUGCUACAGAAAGAAGUGAGGGUGAAAAUUCUGAAAGACAGCAUCAAAAUGCUAGCUGCUAAACUGCCAUCUGGUGGUCAGGACUUAACAACAGAGCUCAACCUUGUAUUGGAGAAUUACCAGCUACUGUGCAACAGGAUCAGAGGGAAAUGCCACACUUUGGAGGAAGUAUGGUCUUGUUGGAUUGAACUACUACACUAUCUGGACCUAGAAGCAGCCUGGCUGAAUACUUUGGAAGAGAAGAUGAAAAAAAUUGAACACUUGCCAGAAAAAAUAGAUGCUGUCAGUGAAGCCCUUGAGUCACUGGAAUCCAUUCUGCGCCAUCCAGCUGACAAUCGGACUCAAAUUCGGGAGCUUGGCCAAACAUUGAUAGAUGGAGGCAUCCUUGAUGAAAUCAUCAGUGAAAAGUUGGAAGUUUUCAAUGCCCGUUAUGAGGAAUUAAGUCAUGUGGCAGUCAGUAAACAGAUUUCUUUGGAGCAACAACUUCAGAUGAUGCGAGAAACUGAGCACAUGUUGCAGGUUCUUCAGGAAAGCUUGAAGGAUUUGGAUAGGCAGCUAACAUCCUAUUUGACCAAUAGAAUAGAUGCCUUCCAAAUGCCUCAAGAGGCACAGAAACUUUCUUCUGUUCUGUUAAUGGUCCCUGUUGUCUUCCAGAAUGUGCUGAGAGAAUUGGAGAGGAAGAAAGUCGAUUUGAAUAGUGUAACAGAAAGCAGUGCUGCACUGCAGGCCUUAGUGGAUGAAAGUGAAACUUCUCUGGAGGAAAAACUCUGUGUUCUUAAUGCUGGAUGGAGUAGAGUCCGAACCUGGACCGAAGAUUGGUGCAAUACACUUCUGAAUCACCAAAGUCAACUGGAGAUUUUUGAUGAGAACGUUGCCCACAUAAGCACUUGGCUGUAUCAAGCUGAAGCUCUGUUGGAUGAGAUUGAGAAAAAGCCUGCCAACAAGAAAGAAGAGACAGUGAAGCGCCUAACAUCAGAAUUGGAUGCUGUUAGUCUCAGAGUUGAUAAUGUGCGUGACCAAGCUGUUAUGCUGAUGAGCAGUCGGGGCGUAUCAUGUCAUGAGCUUGUAGAACCCAAAUUGACAGAACUGAAUAGGAACUUUGAAAAAGUGUCACAGCACAUCAGAAGUGCUAAGAUGCUGUUCAGUCAGGACACUCAUAAAAGGUUUGCUAAGCAGGAACUCUGUGGAAUUGCAGUGGCUUCUAAAGACCUUGAUAAAUUUGAAUGCGAGAUAAAGGAAAUGCUGAAUGUAGUGGAAAAGCACAUGGAAUCAAAAGAAGAUGAUGAAAAGCUGGAUGAAGAAAAAGCUCAAAUUGAGGAAGUUCUGCAAAAAGGUGAGCAUUUGUUACAGCAGCUCAUAGAAGAUAACCGAAGAGAAAAAAUUCGCUUGCAGCUCCUCCUUCUUCAGACCAAGCAAAGCAGCGCAAAGGAGCUUCGGUCAUUACAAAGGAGGCAGGUGUUAGAACUUUCACCUUCAUUUACUCCAUAUGAAAUGGAAGCAGAGAGUCGCUUGCAGUGGCUUAGUGAAACAGAUGCUAGUCUUUCUGGACUUCAAGAAGCUGAAGAGAGGGAGAAAACAAAGGCAACUCCACAAAGGAUUCAAGGGGCUCAGUCAUCAAUGAGCAAGGAAUCUCCAUUCCCUGCAGAAUAUCUGGUUGAAAUUAACAAGAUUUUGCUGGUUAUAGCGGAUGCUGAGCUCUUGCUAAAUGCUCCAGAACUUCAUUCAGCAAUCUAUGAAGACUUUUCUACUCAAGAAGAUUCAUUAAAGAACAUAAAAGAUAUGUUGGAUAAAUUAGAGGAUCAGAUUGCAGUUAUUCAUGAAAAGCAACCUGAUGUUAUAUUAGAGGCAUCUGGAUCUGAAGCUGUUCAAAUAGAAGAUUCACUAACCCAGCUUAAUGCAGAAUGGGAUCGCAUUAACAGAAUGUACAAUGACCGCAAAUGUAGCUUUGAUAAGUCUAUAGAGGAGUGGAGACAGUUCCAUUGUGAUCUAAAUGAUCUCUCACAGUGGCUAACAGAAGCAGAGGGGUUGCUGGCUGAAGCCCACACUCCAGAUGGCAGCCUUGAUAUAGAAAAAGCCAGGAUACACCAGCAGGAACUUGAAGAGGGAAUCAGCAGCCAUAAGCUCAUUUUCUCAACACUGAAUAGAACAGGAGAGGAAAUAACCCAGAAACUCUCCAAUACAGAUGGAAAGUUCCUGAAAGAAAAACUAGCUGGGCUGUAUAAACGCUGGAAGAACAUCAAUGCUGAAAUCAUGGAAAGGCAACAGAUACUGAAAGGAAAAAAUCAGCAAUUAAUAGACUUCACAAGGAAACUAGAAGAAAUUAGUUGCUGGGUGGAAAAUGUAGAAAAUUCCCUGGAUGAGAAACCUGCAAUCAGUCAUGAAGAGAAUUUACAAGAAUUAAUGGGUCUGAUUAAAGAAAUGGAUAUACAAGGAGAGAAACUUAAGUGGCUAAAUAGAAAAGAAGCAGAGGUACUUUCAAAUACAAGUAUUGGGCCUCAGGAAAGAGAUAAUAUUUCUAAUAGGCUGAAGACCCUGAAUAUUAAAUGGAAGAAGGUGUUCAAAGAAGCACCCACCAGAUUGAGAGAACUGGAGGGAUAUAUUCAUCAGCAGCAUCUUGUGCCGAAGUCCUCUGGUUUCCCUGCUCUCCAAACAACGGUGCUCGUGUCUUCUGCCUCAGAAAACGUGGCACAAACUCAGCAUCCUUUGGAAAUCUCGACACCUGCCGAUUUGGAUCAAACUACGACAGAAUUGGCUGACUGGUUGGCAUUGAUCGACCAAAUGCUAAAAUCCAAUAUAGUUACUGUUGGAAAUAUUGAAGAAAUCAAUCGGACGAUUGCACGCAUGAAAAUAACAGAAGUUGAUUUAGAACAUCGACAUCCCCAGUUGGAUUCGGUUUUUACCUUGGCUCAAAAUCUGAAAAACAAAACAUCAAGUUCUGAUUUAAGGACAGCAAUCACAGAGAAAUUGGAGAAAGUUAAAAACCAGUGGGAUGGCACUCAGCAUGGGGUUGAAUUACGUCAGCAUCAGCUGAAAUGCAUGCUUACUGACACCAUGAAAUGGGAUGAACAGAAGCAAGAAAUGGAGAAGCUAAUUGGACAAUAUGAGAUCCAUCUACAUGCUCUCUUACAGUCUUCUAAAGAAAAGCUUACCAAACAAAUUUCAGAAAACAAAAUAUUAAUGCAAGACCUAGAUAAAGGAGAUGCCGAGAUGAUUUCAUUUAAUGAGCUGUCAAGUAAGCUUCUUCAAGAGUACAGUGGUGAUGACACAAGAAAUGUGAAGGAAAUUAUGAAUCACUUGAAUACCUCAUGGAUUAACCUGAAACACAGAACUUGCAAUAGGCAGAAUCGUUUGGAGGCUGACCUGAAGACAGUACAUGCCUUGUUCAGAGACCUUGAAAAGUUCCUCAAGUGGAUACAAGAAGCAGAAGCUACAGUUAAUGUCCUUGCAGAUGCAUUGCAACGGGAACCCACUACUCCAGUCAGUGGUCCUGGAAGGGAACUGAAGAAGCAGAUUGAGGACAUCCAGGCUGAAAUUGAUGCUCAUAAUGAUAUCUUCAAGAGUAUUGAUGGAAAUCGGCAGAAGAUGGUAAAAGCCUUGGGGAAUUCUGAGGAGGCUGCACUGUUACAACAUCGUAUUGAUGAUAUGAACCAACGUUGGAAUGAUCUGAAAGCAAAAUCAGCCAAUAUCAGGGCUCAUUUGGAGGCAAGUGCAGAAAAAUGGAGUAAAUUACUGGUAUCAUUGGAGGAACUUAUCAAGUGGCUAAAUCUGAAAGAUGACGAAUUAAAGAAGCAGAUGCCUGUUGGUGGAGAUGUUCCAACUUUACAGCAGCAACAUGACCAUUGUAAAGCACUCAGACGUGAACUGAAGGAAAAAGAGCAAGUGAUUUUAACUGCUGUAGACCAAGCACGAAUGUUUCUUGCCGACCAACCAAUUGAAGGGCCGGAAGAGCCAAGAAAAAACUUACACUCAAAGUCAGAGUUGACCCCAGAAGAAAAAGCACAGAAGAUUGCUAAAGCUAUGCGCAAACAGUCUGCGGAAGUGAAGGAGAAGUGGGAAAGCCUGAAUACCUGUGCCAGUGGUUGGCAAAAACAGAUAGACCAAGCCCUGGAGAAACUGAAGGAUCUGCAGUGUUCCAUGGAUGAUCUGGAUGCAGACUUGAGAGAGGCAGAGAACGUGCGAAAUGGUUGGAAACCUGUUGGUGACAGGCUGAUAGCCUCAUUGAAGGAUGAAGUUGAUAAGACAACUGCCUUUAGAGAAGAAAUUUUGCCAAUCAGUUUGAAAAUCAAAUGCAUCAAUGAUUUAUCCAGUCAGCUCUCUCCACUUGAACUUCAUCCAUCCUUGAAAGUCUCACGACAACUGGAUGAUCUGAACAUGCGGUGGAAACUUCUACAGAUAUCGAUAGAUGAUCGUAUUAAACUACUACAAGAAAUACACCAUGAUUAUGGACCUGAAUCUCAAGAUUUUCUUUCCUCCUCUGUACAACUACCAUGGCAGAGAUCAGUGUCUCAUAACACUGUCCCAUACUACAUUAA